UUAAGGAAACAUCCACAGAUGAUGUGCUGCAAUUUGUUUUACUACAAACUCAAAGAAAUUAUUAACAUUAUUCUUUAGGGUGGGUUUAUUUAUUUUUAUUUUUUUCAAAACCCGCUUCCUAUUUAUAAUUUGUGAAACAGCUCUUAGCAAAGUAAAAGCAUGAAAAUUAUUGCAUAAAAUAUGAAGAAGAUAAUUUGUAUUUGAAAUAAAUUAAUAUUUAAAAACUACCUAUAUAAAUAAUCGAAGACACUUGCAACCCCCCCCCCCCCCCCCCACCCCCACACACACACCAAAAAAACAAAAACAAAGCAAAAACCAAAAAAAACAAAAACAAAAACAAAAAACAAAAACAAAAACAAAAAGACAAAUCCUAACAGUGUGCAAACUAUCGGAAGCGAAAUUAGAGGAGUUAGGUUAAAUCGAUUUUAUUAUUAUGAUAGCGCAGUUCAAAUCUAUUUAAUAUACUCUAAAAAUAGAUUCGUAACCUUAUUCACCCAAAUUUUUCUCGAUCCGGACCCGAUAUAAUAAAUAUACACACAGACAUUAAAGUAUACAGGCACUUUUAAGUUGUGUUUGUGUGUUUAAAACGUUAAUCCAACUUUGACAUAGGCACGCACGCGCGGCGCCCCUCCUGGAAUCCUGGAACCGCCCCAUGCCUUUAGGGAACCUAUAAACCAGCAUCAAACGAUGUGUCACCGGACUCGCUUGUCUUCCCUUUAAUAUUAAUAACGUAGAAAAAAGCAGUGUUGUUUUUAGAAUAGAGUACAAAUCGCAGACAGUGUAUUUGUUGCCGUAAUUAGUCCGUUUCUUGGAGCAGGUACGAAAUUAGCGACGAGGCUGUCCACGUGGUUACCUGGUUACCUGUCAGGAUGCAGGCGUGAUGCCGUGCUGUGCACAGAUCCUGUACUGAAACAGUGGUGUCAAUGAAUACCAGGUCGGUUUGCCACAUAGCCCUCACAAUUGUACUUCUUGCGAUCAAAUGUGUUGGCAGGCCAUUCAAAAGAGAGUGUGGUCGUGUCUUUCAUUUCGACUUCGAAAACCUCGUGUCACGUGGCGGCAUAUGGCAAGGCAGGGAGGGGCGGGUAGCCAUAUAUAAGGGCAAAGCAAUAUUUCAAGGGGCGGGCUCCCUAAUUUAUCCAUUCUUUUCUCACAACGACUUGCGUGGAGGCUUUGCUUUUUCCUUUAAAAUAAAACCCAUGGAGAGGUCCCCCGGGGUGAAGGUGGCCAUCUUGAGUAACGGUUGGGAACCAGGGACCUCUACGUUAACGAUCUUCCACAAUGGCACCUGUCUCGGAGUGCGGGUCACGGAAGCCAACAAGCAGAGGGUGAGGAACAUCGAGCUGACUGUUCCAAAGUUUAAGAUGCACACUUUUGGAGCUAUUCGUGUGCGACAAGAGACGCCUGAAUGGAGUGGAUUCCAUGGUGCGCCAACACCGAUAUACAGUCCAUCAAACUCGCAAGCGGGGAGUACCGGUGGGGAUACCCCGGCGCAGACGAUAAGUAAGUCACGUGAUGAUAGGGACGUUACCAGCGACAAAAACACAGCUCAGUCAUUACCAAAGCAAAGGAUUGACCAGUUAUACACAGGAGACGGUUCAACUGGAGACACUAAAAGCCAGGAUAAUAGUUUAAACGACACCGGUGAUUAUUCCAAUUGGGAUUACAGCAAGUAUUCGUACGGAAGUGAACCCGGUGAGGAAGGUUCUGGUCGUAGUGGUGGUAACGCGCGGAGGAAUACUGAAUCGGGCUCAGCCAAUCAAACUUUAAGUGGUUCGGAUGGUACUGGAAACGAGGCCACCGUGCAGAAAACCACACCCAGGCCUCCGUUAACUAGGAUUACCAGGGAUAGCGACCACGACAGUUCGGAGUUCGUAGAAAUCAGAAAACUUUACAAACUAGACCCUCAGUUUCUAAGAGACCGGUACAAGUCGAAACUGGAGACGUCUCAGGGGAACGGCACGGGUAGAAAGACGGGGGUAAAGGAACCCCCACCCAGUGGUACCGAUCGAUCCAGGGGCGGGUCCGACACAAGCAAUAUGGAUCUGGACGAGAUCGAAGUUCGGCUGUCACAGGAUGGCGCUUUGAUCAGAUUUCAGGUCGGGACAUCAGCAAUUCAACAAACACCGCACCGUCAGAACAUAUGAAGGCACCACAUUCGGCUUUACGAAUAGGAUCCGGUGGCGGGUUAGAACCAUUUAUGGGCACGUUCGAUGACGUAAGUGUAUCAGAGUAAUGGUUUUUGUUGAUGUUUGCUGUAACAGUUGCGGGUGCAAGAACUAUUACCAUGUAACUAUAUAUCGUUAUGGCGGCCUGGGCCAAAGCUUCUGCCAGAGGGUACGAAGGGUAACAUUAAGUACCCUUAAAGUUUUGAAAAUUUAAUGGAUACAUUUUUGUAAUUUUAAUAUAGAUUAUAGUAAGUCUAGAUAAGUUCUGUUCACAAUUUAUCAAAGUAGUGCAGUGUCGAUUUUCAAGAGUAUCAAACCAUAAGCAUCUAGUAGGGGCACUUAUGAUCCGUUUUGUUUUUAUUAUGUGUCCUCAAAUUAUUUUCAGCCAGAAAGCCUUGCCUCAUAACUUCUUUUGAAAUCGAUCUUAUACAGAGAUACGAUACUGAAUAUGCUAAUGGCAGAUUCGUAAUGAUAAUGGCCAUGCAUGUUGCAGUUUAUAUUAAGAUACUUUUUAAAUUUGAUAUUGAUGUUGUACUGGUUAGUAGAUGAACAAAUUGUCAUUAAUUUCUCUUUAAAAGACCAUUCUUUUGAGCACAGAGUAUCUUCAAUGUAAUUUGUUUCUUUUUAAUGAAUUAUGUGAAUUUUCUGAUUUCAGUUUGUGUGGUACACGUGUACGCCAGAUAAUUUCUUCUAUGUGGAUCAAGAUCAAGGUGGAAAAUAGAUCAAUGUGCAAUAUGUAUAUUAUUAAUAUAAUAUGGUCUUUUUAUCACCAAGUUCUGAGGUGUGUAAACGCUGGGGUGACGGUUUAGUGAAGGAUAUUCCAAAAAACUACUUCUUCUACAAAAGCUCAGACAGGAACCCCAGUAGCUUGAACGAAGCGAGAAUUCCAUCCUCAUCGCUGCGAUGGGUGCAAAACACGCAGAGAACCUUUUUUAAAACUUGAAAAACAAAAACCAUAAAAGGUUCCAUUUGCAUAAAAAAAAACCUGUUAGACCUACUCAUAGUUCAAAUGUGGAUUUUACUUUCAGUAUAAUACAGACUUUGAUGUGAUAUUGGCUGGUUCCAAUAUAAACGUUAUAAUUAUGUAGAUUUUAUUUUCAGCAUUACUGUGACUAUUAAAAGAAUCUUCAUUG